AAAAUACAAUUGGUAUAAAUAAAUUAGCUUCAUUUGUUCAAUUACGACUAUUCUUUUUGGACAAAAAUAAGUUUUCAAAUAGGAUUUGUGUUUUGGGAAGGAAGUUGUUAUUAUGGAGUAUUAUGCAUCUGUGUAAGUACUUCUCUAUUCACACAUUAAGAAAACUACAUAAAUUGGAAUCUUUCUGAAUUCAGUCUUUCUGCACAACAUGAGUUUAUGUUAUACCAGAAGAUCUUUGUUUGCGAAAGAAAAAUGGCGAAUAAUAGGAAGUUGGUUGUCAUCACAGUUCAUCUCUCAAAUCCUACCAAUUCUACAACUUAAAUUUAACCUCAACAUUAGAUUGGAAUAACUGUUUGCGAUUUUCCAUAUUAUCUCUACAGAAGUAUCUUUAUUUAGCUACACAGUUUUCAAGGUGAUAGCAGGACAACAAACCAACUUAUAUCAAUUGUAGGACUGUUUGAUUUUUUUCAGUUUUUUUCUUUCUAAUUUGCUUUUCAUUUCUUCACUUUGUAAGACUGAUUGAAUGUAUUGUUUCCCAAGGUUCUAGGGUUCUAUAUAAUCAUGACUCCCUGAUAUCAUUUCUUAUUUUGAAGGAAAUACUGAGCUCAAUUCAUUCUGGAAUGGUCUAGGUUUCAUUCUUUUUUAAUACGGAGUAUUAUUUUUGUUAACCAUUAUUUAUUCAUAUAUAGUGGAAUUGCUAUUUCAUAUUUAUUUCAGCUUUAGAAGCAUCAUUGCAGUUAAUAUCUGAGCAGCGUAGCUGGCACAUUAAGGGACAUUUUCAAUAUGGUAUGAUGGUUGGAACACAUGAGAUUUCAAAGACCUUCCGACCAUGCCAGCCUUGCUCAGAUUAUUGUGUUUUCCUUCUGUUCCAUUAUACGUCGUAUGGUUGCAUUUUGAGGAUACUUCAACAACAAAAACAACAUUACCCAUAUGCCUCAAAGGCCCUUGCCCAUUGCAUGCGAGUUAAGGGGGUCAGCUGUAUUUGAGGAUACGGCAUAUGUUGUUUAAGACUGCACAACUAAGGAACCUCUUAUGGUCAACCUCAAAACAUGAUGUUUAUUUGGUGCAAAGGAACUCGCUCAUGUACUGGUCUUCUCUUCGCAGAAAAGAGAAGGAAGUUUUUAAUAUUGCUAGACCACUUGAACCAUCACCGAAAUACCCUGGAUCCAUUGGCCAGACGCUCUUUAGAGUGCAGAUAUGCUCUCUUGCCGUUAAAGACAAUCUAAUGGUUGCAGGUGGUUUUCAAGGGGAACUCAUAUGUAAGUACAUAAACCAACCAGGGGUCGCCUUUUGCACUAAACUAACAACCGGCAAAAAUGCUAUAACUAACACAGUGGACAUAUGUCAUGCACCUAAUGGCUCGGUGAAGGUUAUGGCUGCGAAUAAUGACGCACAAAUUAGAGUGAUUGAUGCCCAAAGCUUUGUUUAUCUUAACCACUUCACGUUCCCUUGGUCUGUGAAUAAUAUUUCUGUCAGCCCAGAUGGUAAAAUGGUCACGGUUGUUGGGGACGAUCCCGAAUGUUUGAUAGCCGAUGCUCAUACAGGAAAGGUUGCAGGCAACCUUAAAGGUCACCUAGACUAUUCAUUUGCCUCAGCUUGGCACCCAAACGGACAAAUUGUUGCAACAGGUAACCAGGACACAACUUGUAGGUUGUGGGACAUCAGGAACUUGUCACGCUCCCUGGCGGUCCUCAAAGGGAGAAUGGGCGCAAUCCGCGCGGUCCGCUUCAGCUCAGACGGGCGGUUCUUGGCCAUGGCGGAGCCGGCUGAUUUUGUGCACAUUUUCGACACGCGUUCCCACUACGAGUCCUGCCAGGAGAUUGAUCUGUUCGGGGAAAUCGCGGGAAUAUCCUUCAGCCCCGAUACCGAGGCUCUCUUCGUUGGGGUUGCAGACACAACGUAUGGAAGCUUGUUAGAGUUCAACCGCAGACAUCACAAUCAGUAUGUACAUUUCCUUUAAAAUCCUUUCAACAUGUAUGACAAAUACUAGACGUUGGAAUACUUACGAAAAUAGAAUAGACGAAAAUCAACACUAUAUUUGUGUAGACUUUGUGACUUGUGAGGAUAUAUGCUUUAAGAGACUUUCUAGGGGAAUGAAUGAGUUGUGGAGAA